GGAAUAGAGAAAGAAAGAGCAGCUGAGCAAGCAAAGGCAUAAAACUCCCUCGGUAUAUAAUACGACCGGGGUUUCCUGCUGAACAAGUUAAUUCGUAUUCAGCAGAAAAAAGAUAUAUAAUAUUCAAAAAAAAAAAAAAAGAGAUUCAAAGAAAGAAAUUAAAGAUUUGGAAUGGAUGUGAUAAAGACGCAGCAAAUCUCAGCGAGACCGAUCGAGAAGGUGAUCGUUCACCCGCUGGUUCUGCUCAGCAUCGUCGACAACUACAACAGGGUCGCCAAGGACACUCGAAAGCGAGUCGUUGGGGUUUUGCUUGGUACCUCUUUCAAAGGCACCGUUGAUGUAACCAACAGCUAUGCCGUUCCUUUUGAAGAAGAUGAAAAGGAUCCAAGCAUAUGGUUUCUGGAUCACAACUACCAUGAAGCCAUGUUUUCCAUGUUCAAGAGAAUAAAUGCCAAGGAGCAUGUUGUGGGGUGGUAUAGCACUGGUCCAAAAUUGCGGGAAAACGAUCUGGACAUUCAUGGAUUAUUUAAUGACUAUGUUCCUAAUCCCGUUUUGGUCAUAAUUGAUGUCCAACCUAAGGAGCUGGGAAUACCCACAAAAGCUUAUUAUGCUGUUGAAGAGGUUAAAGAGAAUGCCACCCAGAAAAGCCAGAAGGUGUUUGUGCAUGUGCCGUCAGAAAUUGCUGCCCAUGAAGUUGAGGAAAUUGGAGUGGAACACUUGCUUAGAGAUGUGAAGGAUACAACUAUUAGCACCCUUGCAACUGAGGUUACUGGGAAACUAACAGCAUUAAAGGGUUUGGAUGCAAGACUUAGGGAAAUUAGGGGUUACCUUGACCUUGUUAUUGAUGAAAAACUCCCAUUAAACCAUGAGAUUUUGUACCACUUACAGGAUGUGUUCAAUCUACUUCCAAAUCUUAAUGUUGCAGACUUGAUUAAGGGUUUUGCAGUGAAAACAAAUGAUAUGAUGUUGGUUAUUUAUCUUUCCUCCCUCAUUCGAAGUGUAAUUGCUCUCCACAACUUGAUUAACAACAAGAUUCUCAACAAGGAGCAUGAGAAAGCUGAAGAUUCAAAACCUGUUGCUGUACCAGCUGCAGCCGGAAGCUAAAGAAGUUAGGAUUGGACCAAGUUUUUUACUGAUGUGUUCUUUUAGUACUUUUAUGUAUCUUAUAGUAAGAAUUGGAUUCACGCCCAUAGCAUCGGCUAAUUCAAUAUUUUGAUCUCCUUCCUGGACAAGUCUCAGUAUCUCUUUCAAUUUAUGACAUCCAAGUUGCUAAGUCGGCAACAGAAUCUAUCAUUUAUUCUUUGAAUACUUCUAAUGCUUUUCUUACCA